AUGCCCUCCAUCCCGCGCGUGAACGGGAUGACCCUAGAACUCGCAGAUGUGUGGUUGACGGGAUGCACCUACACCCGCCUGGCUCCGCCACAUCUAAGUUCAGUCAUUGGCACGGACCCGAUAAUUCAGGCUUUACAGAUGAUGCCUUUUGGCGAAGUGGCAAGGUCUCUAGAGGCCAAGAUGCAGCGGCUGUUGUUGCUUUCUGCAGCAGACAAUUCGUUACUGUUGCUGCAGUGGAGUGAAAGGAGUUCCGACCUGAUUACCGGAUCGGGGAAUCUUGUGCUCUUAGAUCAGAUCCGCUUGCCGUUUCCUGUUCUCCAGUUCCUGCGAGAGGAUCCAGGGAAACAGAGCUGUUGUACUGGCCCCCAAGGGGUCGAUAAUGAAAGCACCGGCCGCUUGUUGAGAGCGUUUCCGUGGGAGGCAGACUCUCUGCUAUCCACUGAGCCAUCUGACACGCCUGCAGAAAAUGACCCUGAUCGCACUAUUGGAUACGCGGACAGUGAGGGUAGCACGAGUGAAGGCUCUUGCGAAGCUGAUCAACAGCGAGUGAAGCCUCGAAUGCCCAAUGAUGCGGGAAGUCUGCAUGGUCAAAUCGGGUCCCUCACCCGAGAUUUCAAAUCCUACCGGGUGGCCAUUGUGGACAAGAGCACCGGGAGAGUCGUCCGCUCACUGGACCCCCACACGCUGCAGCCGCUGGCGAACAAUAAAGAUGCAAUAGGUCAAGUUUUAGCUGUGGCCUGCCUGAAUUCGGGUGCCUUGGCCUCUGUCACACUUCGGCCCCCGGGAGUAUUCAGUUUACUGCUGGGUGACGAAAAAGGAAACUGGCGCCACGUUGGAGAUUUCGAUUUGCCCAACUGA